UUUCAUUCACAGUAGCAACCUAUCGUGAAGCAUCGCUCAAAAUGUAUCUGACAUUUUUCCUUCACUGCAAAGCUAGUGAAAAAAUUUAUUCCUGCUCAUUUUUCGGUGAUAAAAGCUUUUAAAUAUUUUAAUUUAAUAAAUAUUUUGUUGACUGUAAGUAAAGAACAAGUUUAGCUCUACAUUGCAACUAAAAAAUUCAAGCAAGCUCGAGCCAAGUAGCUUUAAAGGGCAAGUGAAAAAUUGUCGUCAACCAGACGAAAAUAGGAGAGAGGUAGGCGCAAAAACCGGAUACAGCAAAUUCUCUACAAGCGCCGCGACGACAACGCGAAUCCUCUGCGGCCAAAAUUCCAGAAUUCCAGCAUCUUCCAUACACACCCCAUAAUAUAUUGCAUUAAUUAGAUUAACUUCUAUUAAGUUUAUUUAUUUUCAUGUUGCAGAUGCACCAGUGAUGAAGUUAAUUAAAGAAUUUACGUAUUAGUGCAUACGGGGGCGAAAUUAACCUAAAUACGUUUUCCCCCUUAAACUACGUGAAUACGCGGCCGGUUUUUUUUUUACCACAAAAGAGUUUUGUAAAGUGAAAUAUUGAACGUUAAAUAGCAAAAAAAAAGUAGUGCCAACAAAAUGAAUUCGAAUUAUAUAACGCGUGCUUUGUGUUUCCAUGGCCAGCCCAUGCAAAAGAUUUGGGAAGAUGAGCGCGGCGCUGGAAGCCUGCAGCAGUGCGGUGUACCCGCCCAGCCCGACUACUCAAUCUACCAAGAGCGUCAGAAGUAUUUUACAUUUCAAGACCGCGCUAAGCGUCUUAAAUUGCACCAAUUUUUUGCGCGCAAGGCGCCCGAUUUAUAUGACACGGACUUGAGCAGCAACAAAUUGCAACUUGAUAAAGUCAUUGAAAAUGAGCAGCAUAUAGCUUCGCUACCACCUUAUGAACUUUUCGUUAACAAGAAUAAGGACAAACAAAAGCGAUGUCGGUGCGUGCUAGAAGCAUUAAAACCUGGCGAUAUUAUAUAUUGCAUGGUAACAAAACCUACUGCAAAUAUGGUACAUCCGCUAUGCAUGGGAGAGCCGAUGGUACGCUACCUGAGCGAUAUACCCAUAAAGGCUUACUUAAUGAAAGCUGGAUUGGAUAGUAACGGCAAACCGCGCCUUUUCAGCAAAAACGAUCUAGUGCGAUGUGAAGUAUUAGAAACAUCUGUAGAUGCUGAACGCAUUUACUUGAGUUUGGAAAGUGUACAUGAAAAAAAUAAAGAUGUUACGCUGGGAGUCGUGACACAAGCCGAUUUGCCAAAAUACUACAGACAAAUCAAUGAGAAUAAGUUGGAAAAAUACGAGGAGUAUAUGCUCAAGUCAAAGGAAUUUUUAAAUCCAAACUAUGAUAUGCUCUAUGAAAUCGUCGGCUUAGACGUAAACGAGACAUACACUUAUAUGAGUUCGUUAAAAAAUCCGUUUCCGCGGAAUGAGUACGCCAAGGAACUGCGUCGCACUCAGGCGAGCAAAUGGGCUUUUCGCUCGGUUGCGGAAGGCAUUGAACAUUUUAAGAAUGGAAACCACGUGGAGGCGUUUCAGUGUCUCAACAAAGCACUCUCCAUCGAUCCGCGGAAUGUAGAAGGUUUAGUGGCGCGCGGAGCACUCUACGCCAAUAAGGGCUCCUUUCUCAAGGCUGUGGAUGAUUUUGAAAAGGCACUUAAACUAAACUCCUAUCAUGUAAACGCACGUAAAUAUAUGGGAGAGACAUUGGUGGCACUUGGUCGUCGUUAUGAGGACGAGAACCGCAUAAAGGAUGCAACAAAAGCUUAUCAGGAUUGCUUAAAUAUUAUACCGAACCAUGAGCAAGCGCGCUUGUCGCUUGAAGCUAUUCAGCAGCGUACCAGUGUUCCAUAUUUUGAGAAUGUGGUAACUGUGCCAGGCGAGCAAGAAGAACUAGAUUUGGAAAGGGAAACGGAAAAAAUCUCUGUGCAUGAUUCAUCGAGUGGUGAAGGUUCAACAUCUAGUGGCAGCGGCUCCGAAACUGAGCCCUCGGAUAACGAAGAGAAUGGCAAGGAAAGUUCACUUUCACCGCUUAGCAAGCGUAUGGCUUUACAUGUCGCCAGCCUACAAAAGGAGGAAGAAUCUAAGAAACAACUCAACCAGCCAUUUUAUAUGAGUGCAUAUAAUGUGCCACCUGAACCCGUGGUGGCUCCAAGGGAUAUUAAUGAAUUUCGGCUGGAUGAUGACGACACUGGUUCUCGUGUACGCAAGCUAUUGCAAGAAGCUUCCAAACAUAAGAAGGAAAAAAAGAAAACAAAAAAGAAAAAGAGCAAGAAAUCCAAAAAAGUUAGUCGCAAAGAAAAAAACGCUGCGUCAUUAUUAAGCAAAAUCAAUUUCCAAGAUGCCUACAAAGCGAUCAGCAGCAUGAACAUCGAGAAUAAGCUCACUGAAAAUUUGCAAAAGUAUGAAAAGACCAUCGCUCAGAUUAAAAAACGCCAAAGUGAGUUGGUGGAAUCCAUUGAAGCUGGGAUGGCAGGGCGCGAACGCUCAGAGACGCCACCACCUCGCGCACCCUCAAUGCGUUUGCCCAACCAGCCUACAUCUAGUUAUGGCGCAUCAUCAUCGUCCAUAUAUUCUAGCUAUCCGAGUACAUCGGCCGCGGCAGCCGCUGCAGCAUCAAAACAUGAGCCUGCAAAAUUAUCGUUUCAAAUUAAGCGGCCUGUUACUGUGGACAAAAUCGGUUUCUUACGCAUUGCAACACCUUUGGCACAAAAAAGCCCUUCAUCGCGCUCUCGUUCGCGUACACCAUCACGAGAGCGUCGUCGACGUAGCCGCAGUCGCAGCCGAUAUCGUUCACUUUCGCGUGGCCGCCGGGGUAGCCGUCGCCGUUCUCGUUCACGUUCUAUUGAACGUGGGGGGCGCAGACGCGGUUCACGUGGCAGACGUUCUUCGCGUUCCAGAUCACCAUAUCGCCGCUCACGUUCUCGUCCAUCGCGCCGUACGCGCUCACGUUCACGCUCGCCACUAGGACGUAGUCGUCGUGAUUCUCUAUCACCACGUGGUAGGAGACGUGAACUCGGUCGAGGUAGUGCAAGAGGAUCGCGGCCUUCACCACCACGCCGAAAACGGUCCAUUUCACCUAUUGAUGCAAAGAUAGGCAGAGGAGGAAAGCCGAAACGCGGUGGAAGAGGGGCAGCUCGUGGUGCUUUUGGAAAUCGUGUAUGGCGUAGAGAGGAUGCAAAAGAUGGACAAGAUUCGAAUGGGCGCUGGCUACACGACAGAUACGAGGAGAUAAAUGCCCCAAACAAAGCAGAUGACGGGCCAUCAAUUGAGGAAAUCGAUGAGAUCAUCAAUAGGGCUCAAAAGGAACGUAAACAGGAAAUAAUACAGCGCGAUAAAGACAUACUAAAGAAGCCAAUUGGGGGCCGGUUUUAAACUCAAUAUAUGAAAUAUUUACUUAGUUGCAUAAGCCUUACAUUUAAAAUGAUAGAUGCAUAUAUAAUGACAUACUGUAUACUGUAGUUAUUAUGAACCAGUUCUUUAGUUACGAUCCUGUACGUACAUUGUUUUUUUGUUUGCUCAUAUCCUCAUACGAAAAGUAUUGUGCGUAAAGAAAUUAAUAAAGUUUGCAUACAUACUACAUUGGACUGAAUAACCGAUAAAUUGGAGAAUUCUCAUUACUUUUUAUUUGAGCGGGGUUGGUUAGGAUUAUUUUUUACAACGAAUAUAUGGAUUGAAACUAUACCGUCUGCUAAUUGGUAACCCCUAAAUUCUGGUUUAUUAUUUUCCAAAAAAGGCCUAUUUUUAGGACUAUUGCUUAAUCCCAGUACCACCCGAAGGAAUACGAUGAUUCUAGUCAUAAUUUCAUUCGGUGGCCGUAAUUUCUCGGUAGACUGCUUUAGGCGGCAAAUUAUUUUUAUACUUCAGUGGAUAACGCCAAACAAGGUAUUGUAUUGUAGUUGGUCUUACCAGCGAAUUGAAGUAUUCAGAACUAAACCUGGAUACCAAACUUCCAUGGGAAAAGCCCGUUUACGCAACCAUAUCUAGAGCAACAAAUGUACUAAUGGGGUAAAUCCUUGGGAUGUAGUCCCAGAAUCCUAGAUAGUACAAUCUUUUGAAAAAUAUGGUGCGUUAGGACGGAUCUAAAGAAAUUCACUAGCCAUUGUGAAGCAAUGGCUAAUAAAGCUUCCACGUCUGGCCUGGUUUUGUAUUACGGGAAAGUUUUUGCUUUUGACAUAAAGCACUUGAGCAUGUCCGAAAUGUCAUUUUGAUGACGCUGCUCA